UGUGAGGGGCAGCCUCUGACGGGUCCUCCGGUGUCCGCCAUACUUGAGGGUGACAGGAGGUCGGGGUGACCUGAGCGAUGCCUGUGGAUAAAGAUGUGUACCCGGAGCCUCCCAGCAGGACUCCCGUCCGGGAGAACAAGUCCGGCCUCCCUGACUUCAGUCUCUACGUCAAGAACUUCUACACGUACGCGGUGGACUGGCCGGUCACCAGCUUCCACGACUUCGUAGAAGCUCAGCGAGCAAAGAGAAAAAUCUAUUACUACCACCGGGUGUUCCAGCGCGUUCCUGACCUGUCCCAGUGUCUAGAAGACGACCUCUUCUGUCAAUACGAAGCUGAAAUGCAAUGGAGGAGAGACCUAAAAGUCGACGCUGAAAUAUUGAAAAUUGUGCGAGGACGGUAUGAAGCGUGCCUCAGGAGAGAGGGUUACAGCUCCAGCCAGAACUGUGCCGAGCUGAGGGAGCAGCUUACCCAAGUCAGCAGAGGAUAUAAAAACAGAUAUGAGUACCUCGGAGCCAAUGGCAAUGCUAGGAAAUGCCUAAUGAAGCAGAAGGAGAGGAUGAUUGAAGAGAAGAAGGCUGCCAAAGAAGAUCAGGCCUAAACAAAUGGAAUCCCGUCCUAUAAAAGUCUUGUCGUAUGUCUUGUGUUUCAGAAUGGAACAUUUAACCCUAUAAUUAAAGAUCUGUAGAUUGCUACAUUCA